AUGGUCAAAUGUGCUAAAACUGAGGUGUUGGACAAGUCAGCGGCCACGGAUGCAAGCCGCUCAUCAAGCAACAGCCCCCGCAAAGCUCACUGCUGUCAACAUUGCCGUCGACCACGUCUCAAUCAUCCUCGUUCUGGGUGCCCUUUUGUAGAUCCGCCUAUUCCUGCCUUCGACCACCGGUCUUCUUGCGAUCCUGAACUUGCGGGUGUAUUUGAAGGGCUGAAGCUGGAAUCACCUGCGGACGGAAAGAAGCGCAGGGGUCGGCGCCCGGUGCCCAGCAAGCCUCAGGCUCAAGACGAAAUCCGGACCACACACACUCCCGCAGCCAUGUCUUCAAGGGAGCCAACGCCAGAGACGACGACAGCUGCCACAUCGGCUUCUGCGUCCCCGGACGAUGGUUCCACAACAAGACCAGCUACGCCGUCACCAGAAAGGCCUCGUCGGGCACUGCGGUCCCGACGGCUUGUUCCUAGCCUGAGUCAGCAGGAGCAGCAGAUAUUUCUGGACCAUGUUAAGCAGACAGCUGCGGGAUACGUCACCAUUAUCAAGUACAGCGUCGAUGGCGUCUCUGACAUCCUUGAGGGUGCCAGGAAGGUGGGCCUCCGGUGUGAAACUAUACCUAUUAUUGGAGAAUUGGCCCACGGAGAUACUGCGUUGGUAGUCCUGGGUAGAGAUGAGGGUGUUGUGAAGGCAAUCGGAACUCUCGGCAAAGACGAGAAAGAGGCUAUGGGCACGGCGAUGGAGAAGGAGGUUGAACGGGGAAAGUAUCCCGCAUUAGUCACUGCAUAUGGUGCCGGUGCACUCUCGGGUGCCCUUGCCGCCUGGACUGGCCUGGCGUUUGCGCCGCUGUGA